CGAGCGACUAGCCAAGUUUGUUGUCCUUAUCGAUUUCGGUCAGGUAUCCUUGUUGUGGGAGUUAACCAGGUCCUUGAAAGCGUCUGACAUCGAUACGGCUGGUAUUGCUGCUGGUGAAAUUUGAAUCUAAUUAGUCUACUUCUUCCGGUCAGCGAUUGCGGUCAGGAUUCGGACACGAAAGGCCCUGUGCGGAAAUUCAAGCUGCGACUCAAUUUUUGGUGAGUUACGUGUUGCACUUAGGUCGAGUUGUGUUGCGCUGCCGCUGUUAUAGUGGUGUUGCGGCGACAAAAACGGUGAGCGAGGUGGAGGAACCUGCCCUGUGCUGUGGUGAUUCAUUCCGUUGCGCGGUGUACUCACGGUUUGUUGUGGUGUGGAUGAGCUGCAUCAGUGUGCGAGAACGAGCUUCCAGAAAGGGUCUCGCGUGAGCUGUGCGCUUAGCUUGGUUCGGCUAGUUGGCUUAAGUACGCGGUCCGCGCUAGUACACGUUUUUGAGUGCGAGAAGGAAAAGUGGCGACCUACUAAACAAAAGAAGACACCUAGCUAAUACUGCAACCAAGAAGACGCGUGGAAGACAACGACGCGGUUCUGUUUUUUGAAUAAAAAAGAAUACAAUAUAAACCGAUUCAACAAGUGUAUCGAGAGAUUUGCACCCGCGUGCAGGAAACCACCGUUUCGCAUUUAAUCUCUUUAUUUACUCUGAAAACAAGAUAUUAAAGGAAACAACAACGUGCUGGGGUCCCCCUUUUGGCAUCGUAAUCAAAUCCGCGUAAAAAUUUCGGUCCUCUGGACCGCUCCAUGGAAAAUAUUUACUCGACAGAAGAAAGUGUGAAAACACGAAAAAAAAGGUCGUGAAAGUGAGUGAGUGAAAUUUCGUGAAUCGGGCAGUGAAGUGUCUGCAGGAGCACAAGCAAAAGGAAGAUCUUUCAACCGUUUUUUUUCAAUUCCUUCGUUUCUGUAACACGUCUCCCAGAAGACGACGGCGAGAAGAGCGCGAGGAGCAAGCGAGCGAGCGAGUGAUCCAAGCGUGUUUUUUCCACAGUGUACCCAGUUCUCUUCUUCGAAACUUAACCCGAAAUAAGAAAGGCGAAAAAAAAAAUCGAACAAAAUGGUAGACAAGCAGCAAUUUUUCCUGCCAUGUUUUGUGGUGUGCGCUAUUUUCUCAGCCAUCAUCACAGCACAAGUUCAGGUCGAUACGGACCCAAAGGAGAUAUUAGUUACGGAGAAUCAGAGAAAUGUUAGUCUGCUGUGUCGACUUGGACGACCGAUUCAGUUUUGCACGAUCGCCUUACCACACAGCAACCAAGUAUCGCUGAGACCCGGCGAACCGCAAAAGGAUGGGAUGACCUACUUUGGAGCCGGCUUCGAAGCUGGAGCCUGUGGCGUAACGAUAGAUCGGAUAACGACGGCCCACAACGGUGAACUCAAGUGUACGCUGUUUGAUGGUCAAGGCUUCGAGGGGACCAUCAACGUUGUAGUGGCAGUGGCACCAAAGCCGCCACAGAUUCAACUGGUCAAGCCAUCUUCUGCUGUAUCCUUCGAGGUGGAUACUGAAAUGGAAGUUCACUGUGGCGCUGAGUUUGGAAGUCCUGCCGCUGAGCUGUUUUGGUUCUUGGAUAACGAGCCGAUCUACGAGGGAGUCUCUCAGCCUGAAUAUCGGGAGGAAGAACAAGGAUACUCAGUUUUCGUGAGCCUACGACGCAUCAUUCAUGCCAGCGACAGUGGAAAGCGGUUGAUCUGUCGAGCCAAGCACAUUGCCUACCCUGAAGGAAUGUCGGAAACGAGCCUGCAGAUCACCGUCAACUAUGCCCCACAAGCCCUUCCGGAAACGAUCGUUCCUUCGUUGACGGUGGGACGCACCGUGGAUGUUACCAUCGAGAUUCUGUCUAAUCCAGCACCGCAGAUCGCUUGGACUGUUGAUGGAAUGACCAUCGAACAGGGACGGGAGUUCGAACGGUACGCGGCGCGCGUUCCCGAACGAUUGGAAACCGGUGCCUACAACGUAACGCUCACAAUCGCUGGCCUCACGCUGGAGGAUCUCCAUCGACAGUACCACCUGCGUGCUUCGAAUCAGAUUGGCUCCCAGGACUAUAUCGUUCUGCUCAGCGCCAAUCACGCCGAGGUGGACGAAUCCGGUGGCGUCGGAGUGGGCGGAAUCAUCGGCAUCGUGCUCGCUGCCCUCAUCGUACUGGUGGCCAUUGCGCUGAUCAUUAUGGCCCGGGCCACCGGCAGAUGGUGCUUCCGAGGCAAAGGAGCCUCCAUCACGACCAGCAAUGCCCGUAUCGGAGAAUCGAGCGACACCGAAAGCGCUGAAGUGAAACAGCCAAUUACCAAGACCCAACGGCUGAAGAUCCUGUUCGGCAGGAAGCGGGCGGAACUGGGCGACGACGCGGCAGGUGGUGGCGAAGAAAUUGCCGAUAAUGAGCUCGUCCCAAGCCAUCCGUCUGCUGGUGACGACGAUGGCGGUGCCCUGGAGGACUAUGCCACCGUGGAUCCCGGCGCCCCCAAAAGGCAACCGACUGCAACCAAGGAUGAACCGGCGAUGCUUGUUUACGCCGAGCUGCAAUUGAAGCCUGCCGAGAAUAGCUACGUUGCGAAGCUAGCCGAGUCCACCGAGUAUGCGGAGAUCCUGUACGUUCGGAACGGCGAAGGAGGCAGCGGACCGGUGGUGGUCAGUGAGGAUUCCGGUGAACGACCUACGAUGACGGCGACGACAACGACAACGACGAAAACGGGACCUUCUUCCGGCGAAAAUAAGUAAACAGCCCCCGGCUGACUUUCUGUGGAAUGGAGAUCCUCAAUCAUGCUAAUUUUCCCACAUCAACCGUCCUGAAUCUCGUCCCUCCACUCGCUCGCUUGUUUAUAUUUUAAGAAACCCCGAGACGUGAAUAAAUCAUAAGGUAUACAGCAUGAAAGAUGCAGAAAACGAUACAGAUAGUGACAGCUAAAGUCAAUGAAUGUUAGCGGGAGCGCACACUCGCCCCCACCUGAUGAGAGGAAACGCGCAAAUGUACUUUUAAGAUUUCGUAAUUUGAUGUACUUAAUUAAAUCUCAAGCAAACAAAAAUACGAGCUUUUUGACGUCCAUGAAAACAACAGUACCAGUUUACAUUUUACGUAAUGAUUUUAUUGCUGUAAUUAGAAUUAAAGGCGCUUUUUGAAGCUUUGCUGUUUUGCAAGUUGUGAGCGGUUUUUGUUUAAGAAUUUUGAAGAUUUUUUUUAAA